CCAUCUUACUCUCCUAUCAAGAUGAGACUCAUUUCAACAACUACAAUCUUAGCAUUCCUUGCUGCAUCUACUGCUGUUCUAGCAAAAGAACCUCCAACCAAACUUCAAGUUGGCGUCAAAAAGAGUGUUCCAGCAUCAGAAUGCAAGAUCAAAUCACAAAGUGGUGAUAAAUUGAGCAUGCAUUAUACAGGUGUUCUGUGGGAUGGCAAAAAGUUCGAUUCUUCUUUGGACAGAGGACAACCUUUCGAAUUCACAAUCGGUGUCGGUCAAGUGAUCAAAGGUUGGGAUGAAGGUCUAUUGGACAUGUGCAUCGGUGAAAAGCGUAAACUUCAAAUUCCGUCAGAUAAAGGGUACGGUGAGCGUGGUGCAGGAGCGUCGAUCCCGCCGGGGGCAGCUCUUGUCUUUGAUGUCGAACUAUUGGGUAUCGAAGGAAGCCGAGCUAACGCUGUUCGCGCUGCUCAAGCAAAGGAUGAGCUUUAAAUUCUAUCCGUAUGAGCAUACUGCAAGAUAAUGCAAUGAUCUUCCACAGCACCUUGGUUUGACU